AUGUCGGUUACAAAUGAGUUCUUUAAGGAAAAUGUCAUUUGUGGUGUUCGAGUAGGAACCAUGAGUUCGAGCGACACUACUAAAUGGUGUAAGCCGUCUCCUCCCUUUGUUAAAAUCAAUUUUGAUGGGUCGGUCAUUAACUCAGUUGCAGCUGGAGGUUUUGUGCUUAGGAAUGAGUUGGGGAACCCUCUGAUUGCGAAAGCUUUAAACUUAGGCCAUAAUACCAUUGAAGUGGCUGAGGCCUUAGCACUCCAGGAAGCUAUCUGUUGGGCGAAGAGGAAGAAUUUCUCUCAUAUUAUCGUCGAGGGUGACUCAAAGGUAAUUAUUGAUGUUGUUCAAGGGAAGUGCAAGAUUUCUUGGAACUUGAGAUCCAUCCUUGAGGAUGUCAACUGA